GAUAAUGUGGAUCUUGGUGACCUGAUGUUUUCACUUUGCUACCUUCCAACAGCUGGUAGACUAACUAUUACAAUAAUAAAGGCAAGAAAUUUAAAGGCAAUGGAUAUCACAGGAGCAUCAGAUCCCUACGUGAAGGUUUCUUUAAUGUGUGAAGGAAGGCGACUAAAGAAAAGAAAAACUUCCAUCAAGAGGAAUACCCUUAAUCCUGUUUACAAUGAAGCCAUAGUCUUUGAUGUCCCUCCAGAAAACAUUGACCAAAUUAACUUGUCGAUAGCUGUUAUGGAUUAUGACCGUGUAGGUCACAAUGAGAUCAUUGGAGUAUGUCAAGUAGGCAACGAUGCAGAAAGUCUAGGUCGCGACCACUGGAACGAAAUGCUCUCAUACCCUCGGAAACCCAUUGCUCAUUGGCAUCCUCUUGCAGAGGGCCCUAUUCAGCAGAAAUGUUAUGCAGGUCUUCUGCGCUUGGAUGGCUGCCGAAGAGGCUUCCUCACCCUUUUAACCUAUUCAGCAGAAAUCUGGCAAAAAAAUCUUUCUUAG